AUGGCGAUCCUGUUUUACCGCGCUUGCCACAAUUCUGUGGAGGUGCUGAAUUGCGUGUCGUGCGGCAGCAGCGUCUCCGGCAACUCAUACACGCUACCGUCGUUCAUGCAAGGGAAAGGUGUAAUGAUUUCUCGCUUGAAGACGCAUGCCUGUUGCCUGCUACAAGAAGUGACACGCGCUGAUAAGAACUGGGAAGUCCUAAGCACGGUAACAAAGCGGAGCGACGCUGCUGGUACGAACUUAAGCGUGGUAAAAGGGGCGCUCAAGUAUCUGCAGAAGGAGCUACUAGUUUUCUUCUGUGGUGCUGCAGUGGCGUCUGACGUUUGCGAGGGGCGCCGCCGGAAGCGCGAGGGGCGCAGCCGCGACCUGCAAGGUCGGGGCGAGCGUAACGACGACUUCGUGCCUCUGAGGGGUGACGACCUCGAGAACGCGAGUGAUGAUGACGGUAUUACGCAUUUACCAAGUAUUUCGCUGGAAAGAUCCUUUGCGGUAUGGGAAUGGUACAUGAAUUCUUUUUGCUCGGCAAGGUUUGCCAGUUUCAGACGUCAGGGCCUUGCAGCGGCUCGUUUCACGCGGUUGAAAACUUCAGACGGAAAUCCUAUGGUGCUGGCGUAA